ACCAAUUAGGUUUUAGAUAGAGCAGGGUGGAACUAUGAUAUAACUCUAAAUACCUUGUAUCCUCAAACCGAUGAACUCUACUGUUUAUUAAAAACAACUAAAUAGGAGAGAAAUUACUUUGUUAAAAUGCUGUCGAUACGUAAACGUAUUCAUAAAGGAUUAUUUGUGGUUGUUGUAUUAGUAUGUUUGUUCAUAAUACUAUUGUGGAAUUCACCUCUUCCAGUUAUAACUAGUCAGCUUCAUGACAGGGCCGCUUCGAAAGUGGUUGUAACGGUGUACUAUGAGGCGUUGUGUCCAGACUCAAAGUAUUUUCUUGCUAAGCAACUGCUGCCAACAUUUAAGAUUGCUAAAUCAAUUAUGGAAGUUAAACUAGCACCGUAUGGCAAGGCGAAAACGAAACAAUACAACGGUAAAAUUACUUUCGACUGUCAGCACGGACCUACGGAAUGCCAAGCUAACAUUUACCACGCUUGUGCUGCUGAGAUGAUUGAAGACCCACUAUUGCGACUGGAAGUUGCAACCUGCAUGAUAAUGGACAAUCGUUUACCCGAAGAAGCAAUGUAUAAGUGUGCAAAACAAUUCAAUUUCGACGUUACCAUCAUCCAAAACUGUUUUGAAAGUAACCGUGGUGUGGAUUUGCUUAAAGUAAUUGGAGAAGCAACUCAUUUACUAAGGCCUCCUGUUACAUUUAUUCCAACAAUCACGAUAGACGGGUCACAAGGAAGGCAAGAAUCAAUAUUAAAAGACUUAUUUUCUGAAAUAUGUAAAGCAGCUGGAGAUUCAGAAGAAGUUAAAGAUGUAUGCCAAAAUUAAAAAUAAAAACUAAUAGUAGUUGUUGGCAAACAUUAAUCUUGUAAAGGAAAUGUGAAUCAAUAUACAAUCAUAAAAUAUUCUCAAGCAUUCUUUAGAUCUUAAAUCAAAAUAAAAGGUUAGCUGUGAGCUUUAAAAAACAUGGAA